UGGCAAAAUGCCCAGUGCAUCAAAGUUCCUUCUGUGGCCUUACUCUGUUAGGAACUGCUUAGUUUUAUUUGCAGUGCUUCCCUCUCCUUUGCUCCAGAAGUGUUCACGCAAGUUCUGUCGAAGGGUCAUGAGGACUCGAAACGUCAACUCUUUUCUUCUCCGCCGAUGCUGCCAGACCUGCUGAGUUUUUCCAGGUAAUUCUGUUUUUGUUUCCAAAGGGAAGAUUGCUUCCUCGCCCCAUCUCGUAUUUGCGCCUGUAGAUUUGGCGUAAGAAAGCGCUGGAGGAAGAUGUUGCAUUUCACAAGUUUUGAUUUUGCAGCGUUAAUAAGUUCCAAUAGUCUCCAAGAAGAAAGUUUGUAAUGCCUUGUAUUGUUUCCAUCCUGGUGGUGUUCUUUAAUCGAAUGUUUAUCACUGUUCCCCUGGCAACGUCCGAUACUCUCUACGACACGUGAUUAACUAAUGCGCUGUCGGUUGGUGGAGCUCAUGUAACGAAGGUCCUGAUUGGCAACGUUGCGAAGUUUAAUUACAGCCAAGUUAGACAGGCAGGAGCCACCGGUGUACUUGACUGGGAGUUGCAAUGGAUUCUGAAUGUCCUCAGUUUCAAGUUUCUGAUUUGCUGCUAAACCCUGGAAGCUCUAUGCAUGACGGAGGCCAGAGGUACCCUGGUCGGUCUCUCUUCGGCACGACGUUGGAUAGCAAAGGUUACUACAAAGGAUUAUCAGAAGAAGAACAAACUUUUCCUGUGCUGAGUGAUGCCCGGCCAAGUCACCAACCAGUGUCUCAGUUGGAAAAGCACAGGGGCAGCCUUUGUAAGACUGAAUCGGGAAGCAUUCUUAAACCAGGACUUGAUUCCUUGAGAAUGAUGAGCCCAAAAUCAGGAAAUACCAAGAUGGCAAUUGGCACCAAAUAUGACGCCAAGGAUUGCAAGCCUGAACUAAAGGAGUCCCUCAAAAGAGUGCCCCUUAGCCGUGAUGGAAUAAGAACUGAGGUGCAAACCGAUGGUGACAUGUCCCCUGUACCUAGCACCCCACGAACAAUAACUGAAAGUGUACAGUCACCAUGUGAGACGCCCAGUCGAGAAGAGGACAAUGUAAUUCCCAAAAAUAUUAAACAUAAAUUUGGGAGCCAUGUUGUGGAUGAGUUACUAACGGAUGACGAGGUUAGUGAGUUCUUGAAACAGAAGAAGAAAUCAUCAAAGAGCUCGGAUUUGGAGGAUUCCCCGGUACAGCCACAGGAGAAGAUCACUGAUCAUAUAAAUUGGUAUGAAAGAAUCGGCUAUCCUCUCCGAUGUAACAUCUUUCCAGGUCCCUCUGGUGAAUGGCAGAGUGAGGCACAAUCCACCUACACAAAAGAGGUGCAUCACCGCUCUAAGCACAACCUAGAGCACUGGCAUGGUAGAACAACCGAUCAAUUAGGGAAUGAUGGGAUUGUGAACAAUGGCCAGCUGUUACUCUUCAAAGUAGUGCCCAGCAAGACUCUAGGAGGUGGCCGAACCUGUGCUUUUGGAAUAUUUUUCGGACUGGUGCACGAAGGAAGUGGGGGAGGGUUGUGGGCGUAUCAUUGGGAAAAACGCAGUUUGGCGUCCAAUGGACUUUGUGUACAGAAUAGUUGUGGUUACCAGUCUUUGUCGCUAGAGACUGUGAAAGUGUUGGCUGUAAAGGACACAUCUAAUUUAGUUAUGAACUUUUCGUCAGGUGUCUGGACCACAGACCUGCUGGCCUGCGAGAGGCUGUCGAGAACCCUCCAGCAGGACUUUGAAGAGCGGCCAAAAUUAACAAAGAAGUGGCCUUCCGUCAUCUCCAGACUCGGACCAGGCGAACCCACUGUGCAAUCGCAGCCCAGGCCACCCAAAGCACUGAGGAAAGCCAUCCCCAAGCCGAAGAAAAUCACCCCAAAGCUAGAAGGCACCACCGCAAAGCCGAGGACUGCAGCGGGGACGGAGCUCCGAGAAGAAAUCAAAACACCAGCUGGGAGAAAUGUUGAAAAGGAUGAGUCGUUCUGGGAAUUUUAUAACCAGCCUCUGCCUCUACCAUAA